UGGGGCUAUGGCGAGCCAGGCCAAGCGGGCCCGGCCGCUCUUUGACCCUCGACCCCUGACCCCUGACCCCGGCGGUGACCCUGGCGACGACCCCGACCCCCUGCCCGCCUUCCUGCGCUGGGGCCGCCGGGUGGGCCUGCAGCUCAGCCCCAAGGUGACGGUGAGCCGGGUGGGCACGGUUUCCGGCUACGGGAUGCUGGCGCUGGAGGACCUGCAGCGGGGAGAGCUGCUGUUCUCCGUGCCGCGGGCCGUGCUGCUGUCCCAGCACACCACGUCCAUCCGGGCCCUGCUGCACGCGGAGCGCCAGGCCCUGAAGAGCCAGUCCGGUUGGGUGCCCCUCCUCUUGGCCCUGCUCCACGAGUACCAAGCCAGCGACUCGCCCUGGCACCCCUACUUCUCUCUCUGGCCCGACCUCAAUGACCUGGACCACCCCAUGUUUUGGCCCGAGGAGGAGCGGGGGCGGCUGCUCCGGGGCACCGGCGUGCCCGAGGCGGUGGAGAAGGACCUGGCGAACAUCAGCCGCGAGUACAGCAGCAUCGUGUUGCCGUUCGUGGAGGCCCAUCCCGAUCUGUUCCCCGCCAGCUCCUGCUCGCUCCGGCUGUAUUGCCGACUCGUGGCGCUGGUCAUGGCCUACAGUUUCCAGGAGCCUCUGGAGGAAGAAGAGGAAGAGGAGAAGGAGCCCAACCCUCCGAUGAUGGUGCCGGCCGCCGACCUCCUCAACCACGUGGCCAAUCACAACGCCAACCUGGAGUACGGCCCGGAGUGCCUGCGGAUGGUGGCCACCCAGCCCAUCCCCAAGGGCCAGGAGAUCUUCAACACGUACGGGCAGAUGGCCAACUGGCAGCUGCUGCACAUGUACGGCUUUGCAGAACCCUACCCCGGCAACACGGACGACACGGCCGACAUUCAGAUGGUGACGGUGCGCGCCGCCGCCCUCCAGGGCGCCGAGACAGAAGCGGAGAAGCAGUCGGUCCGCGAGCGCUGGGAUCUCCUGUGCCGGCUGGAGAUGGUGGGAGAGGAAGGCGCCUUUGUGGUUGGCUGGGAAGAGGUGCUGACCGAAGAAGAGCUGUCCGCCACGCUCAAGGUACUGUGCAUGCCCGCCGAAGAGUUCAGGGAGUUUAAGGAGCACGAAGGCCGGGAGGAAGACGACGGUGAGGACGACGGCCUGAACCUGACCACCGAGACCAUCCCCAAACUCAGAGCCUCGUGGAGGAAGCUCCUCCGCGACAGCGCGCUGCUCACGUUGCGGUCUUACGCCACGGACCUGAAAACCGAGCAGGAGCUGCUCGACAACGCGGCCGCCUACGCCCGACUCGGCCCCAGGGAGCGGCAGGCCUUUCAGGUUCGCUACGGCCAGAAAAUGAUCCUGCAUCGACUGUUGGAACUGACUAGCUAACGGGGACCGUGCCACGGGAGGGGUUUUUUUUAACAUGUACAUAAUCCUGCAGCUUUUCCCUUCCAGGUGUAUAAAGUCCUACUCUUGGCCCGCCUAUCUUCCCACUUCAUGCCGGUUGCAGCUCAGGUCCAAACUUCCUCCCGCGAGCGGCAAGGGGGUAGGUGAAAACCUGGGCCACAGUGGCACUCGGUUUGAAUUCGCGAUUCCACGGCAGGACAUCUUCCCUCACAGGAAGGGAUUUUUCCAACAGCCCGGGUUAGAAAGCUCAGGGCCCCGACGGCCUCUUCCGCCCCCGCCACCUUUCGUCUGUCUGUGCUGUGACGGGAGCAGCAUCGUAGGACUAAAGGCUUCCCUGCUCUCCAAACCACAAGUACGGCCUUGCGAUAAGGCUCUCUCCAGAGAACGGAAGGCUGACAUUUGCUUAACUUGCCCAGCUUUCACCGUAUGGGUCCAGUUUAGAUGGCACCGGCCCUUGCAGAACAGAAGGGCAGGUAAUUCAGACUCUGCCCACUUCCACUCAUUUAUUAUUUCUAUUACUGGCUUACCCGGCGGGUGAUUCUGAAUGCCGCUUAACGAGGCACUUGGGAGAAGGGAAGAUGAGCCCAAACCAGUCAAAAACCAGUUUGCCCCAGUGGGGUCCCAGUCCAGAAUUAGGGGCCCAGGGCAAAUCAGUUCAGACCUCUAAACGACUGUCCACUUUUGCCUUUCCUGCCCUUGCUGGCUGCUACCGAGAAAGCCACAGGGGACCGGAUUGCAUGUCAUGACUUUUAAUGUGUAACUACAGUAUGCAUACAUACAAGAAGUGGGAGAACUAAAGCCCAGGAACUAGAAAGGCUACAAAAUACAACACGUGGACCAAUACAUUUACAAAACAUUCAAAAUCCUUACAAAAUGGGCUGUAUUGGUCCUUUGUUUCUUUUUACAAACUUAGACUGUGUGGCUUCAGGGAGUAAGGAACGGGAGGAGGGGGAAGGCAGUUCAGAGAUAUAUAUAAUUUUGUUCUCUCUCUCCCCACAAAUUUACAAGUGUCAGGAAAAAAAAAAAUAAAGCAGCUCUGGGCCU